AUGAACAAAAUCAGUAGCAAGUUGAUAAAACCACACACCCCAACCCCUCAAAAUCUCAAGAAUUACAAAAUUUCGUUUCUAGACGCGCUUCAGCUGCCGCAAAAUAUUUGUGUUUUUUUGUUUUACGAAUCGAAACCGGAAGAUUCUCGCCAGUUGGAAGAAUCACUGGCCAGAAUCUUGGUUGAUUUCUAUCCUCUUGCAGGAGGAUUCAUCAAGAAUGAUAAUUUGAUCGAUUGCAGCGAUCAGGGAGCUGAGCUCGUCGAAGCAGAAGCUCCGGGCGACGUCGAGCUGAUCGACCUCGUCACGAAAAUCGAGAUCGAUCGGCUCAACGACCUCCUCCCGGAGCAACAUUUCCGAUUCGACGAAGCUCCCGAUAAUCCACUCCUCUCAAUCCAGAUCACACAUUUCUCGUGCGGCGGCACCGCCGUCGCCAUCAGCGUCUCUCAUAGGGUCUUCGACGCGUCGUCGCUGGAGGCGUUCGUCGCCGCCUGGUCGAGCGUGGCCAAUCCGGAUGACGAGAUGGCCGGGAGAAUAAUCCCCCGGCCGUCUUUCCAUCUGGCCUCGCUGCUCCCAUCCAGGGGCCGCGAGGAAUUGGCCGUCGAUCUGGCCCGACCGUUGAGGCCCAUAGCCGGUCCGGGCGGACCGGACCGCAAGUUUGUUCUUAAAAGGCUUUUGUUCAGCAAGGAGGCCUUAACCGGCCUCAAAUCCAGAGUAACCGGAAAACCGGUCUCUGGAGUGUUGGGAACAAGAAGCAGAGAACACCAAACAAAAGGAAACAAAUGCAAGUUAUUUAGAGGACUCCAAAAAAGCUGA